AGUUUCCUUCUGAUAUUAUAAGUCAGAAAUGUUAUCAUGUUUCAACUUAUUGUUUGAAGUGCAUAGUAAAGCAUUUAAAAUCUCAACCCGUGAGUACAUGUCCAGAAUGUUCGGUUUCACUGUCACAAAAAGAAAUCCGUGAUUUAACUGAUUCCUGGGAAAAAGCUUCGUUCAGAAUUGAUAUUGAAAAUAUUUCACAAAUUACGAGUUCAAGCAGCAGUGAACCAACUGAAGUUAAUGCAAAUGCAGAAGCAACAACAGGAGAUUUCUACGUUGUUUUAUUAAAUGGAGAAAAACUUACGUUUCAACUUGAGAAUAUUAAAACAGUUCUUGGUUUGAGAGAAGCAAUAAAAAGUAAAACGAAUGUUGAAAUUUCGAAACAAAAGUUGAUUCAUAAAGGCAAAGAAUUAAAUGUUU